AGAAACCCGGGUUAAGUCAGACGGACCGAUCGUGUUGCAUGAAUACGCAAGAUUCUUAGGUAUCCGGGGGUUGUAACAGGUUAUUUACCGUAUUUAGGGGUUUCUUACUUCCCAGGGCCCACCUUCUCAGCUCGAUGAAAUUGUCUUCUCUGCGAUGCUGAAUAUCAUUGGCUUUCGGGGCUACCUUACAAGUCUUCCCAAUUUACAGAGUAUGCCUAAAGCGCUCGUACUGUAUAAGCUUCAAUGGAAAUAAACCUCUAACAUACCGCUAAUAUUUUUCAGGGAGAAAAUCCGGCCAACAUUGAUGAACGAAGAGAAAAUCAAUCAAUUUGUAUCCUCGCAUGUGCAGUGUCUUCUGUCUGUGUCUUCUUUUUAGUACUCCAGUAGCGUCUACUAAUCCAAAUCCUUCCCACACAUCUCAUUGUCAGCUUCCGGAGCACACCCUUUUCCCUAUAUCUGCCCUAAGCUUCCCUGGUGCCUCUUCAGGUUCACCUCAAUACAAUGCGAGGCGCUAUCGCAAUAGAUGGUGGGCGAGAUGGCACCGGAGAUGUUCAGGUUUCUGGUUCAAAGAAUGCCGGGUUACCACUUAUGGCGGCAACACUACUAGCAGCCGGGCCCAGUAAGCUGCAUGGCCUACCACCAUUAUCAGACAUCAAAAAAAUGGGUUCCAUCUUGCAAUACCUUGGAGCAGAUGUUUCGCGAGUUGGCGGCAACCUCAAAAUUAACACCACAAAUGCAACGUCUCUAUUUAUUCCUUUGCAGCUUACUCGUAUCUUGAGAGCAUCGAUCUUGUUUCUUGGGCCGCUCGUUGCUCGAUUUGGGUAUGCCUGUUUAAGCUUCCCUGGUGGCUGUAGCGUUGGGAAACUGACAGACGGGCAUAUCGAGGCUCGUGCUUCUCGCUUACAAGGAGCAACCAUAUAUAUGGAGAUCCCCUCGGUGACUAGAACCAUGAACCUUAUCAUGGCAGCUUGUUUGGCUCGCGGGGUGACACAUAUACACAACGCAGCUCGUGAACCAGAAGUGGGUGACUUGAUCAACCUGCUGGUCCUCAUGGGAGUAGACAUUUAUGGCACGGGGACUGACCACCUUGUCAUCCAUGGCCGGAGUGCGCCUCUGUCACCUUGUCAGUACGAAGCUAUGGAAGAUAGGAUAGAGGCGGGCACCUUUUUAAUCCUUGGGGCAAUAUGUGGGAACCCUCUUACUGUACAUCCCUGUCACCCUGAGCAGCAUGCAAUGUUGAUCAAAAAGCUUAGGGCAGUAGGUGCUCGUGUUGAUAUAGCGGACAAUUCCAUAACAGUCCAGAAAGCCAGAAAACCUUUAGCUGUCGACAUUUUGAUUGGACCCUAUCCCGCAUUUCCAACAGACCUACAGCCACAAUUUAUAGUGUUGCUUUGUUUAGCCCAAGGCACAAGUCACGUUAUCGAGUCCAUUUUUGAGAGCAGAUUUAGUCAAUGCUUUGGUCUCCAGGCCAUGGGGGCAGAUAUACGCAUUUGUGAAGAGACAGCUAUAAUCAGUGGAGUGGAGAAGCUGUCUGGUGCCCUCAUGUCAGGUUCGGAUCUGAGAGCGAGUGCGAGUCUUGUUCUUGCAGCUGUUGCUAGCAGAGGGAGGUCCAUCGUUGGCGGUGUAAGGUAUAUUGAUAGGGGUUAUCACGAUCUGGAAAGAAAACUGGCAAAGAUUGGUGUGAUUAUUGAACGGUUACCUAAUUAAGUGGAGCUCUCAAGAUUAUAAAACGGCUGCUACGUCCCCUGAUUUCGACCAAACACUCUGGAUCCAGUUAGCUAUCUUGAGUAGGUCGAUCACUUCCGUUAGAAUCAGAACCCACCAAUAUCC